GUCAGUCCAGUGCUCGUCGGGCGAUGGGAAGAGACGACAUGCUUUCUCUGGUGCUGCCCCUGCUGCUCGCCGCAGUCGCCCUGGCCGUGUGGCUGUGGGGGCAGCUGAGGCGCCCCCCGCGAUUCCCGCCAGGUCCGACUUGGCUUCCCUUGGUGGGCAACUACCAGGACAUCUGCCGGCUGAGCAAGAAGCUGGGAUCGCAGCACGAGGCGUUCACGUACUUAGCCCAGAAAUACGGAUCACCCGUGAUUGGUUUACAUCUGGGCGGCGAGCUGACCGUCAUCGUCUCCACCAGGAGCCUCAUACGCGAGGUGCUCACGCGACCCGAAUUUGAAGGACGGCCUCAGAACUUCUUCGCGCAGCUCCGCAGCCUGGGGCUGCGGAAAGGAGUAACGUUGGUGGACGGCAAGCUGUGGCAGGAGCAGCGCGCCUUCGUGAUGCGCCACCUGCGCUCUCUGGGCUUCAGCGGGGCUGCUAUGCAGGCGUUGGUGGGUGAGGAGGUGCGCGCCCUGCUGGAAGAGCUGAGUGACAGCCGUGGGAGACCGACACAGCUCAAGAAGCUGCUGCCGCCCUCCGUGCUCAACGUCAUUUUCCACUUCUGCGCUGGCUACCGCUUCCCGCGCGGCGACCAGCUGCUGCAGACGCUGAUGGACCUGCAGGACGUGCGCUCGCGGGCCUUCGACAUGACUGGAGGCAAACUCAGCGCCAUGCCGUGGCUGCGCUUCAUCCAGCCCGAGGCAACGGGCUACAACGCGAUCACCAAGUUCAACGAGAUAACAAGCGCCUUUUGUAUGAAACUUAUCGAAGGCCACAAGGCCACAUAUGUUCCAGGGAAGAAGAGGGAUCUCAUAGAUGCAUAUUUGUGUGAAAUUGCAAAAGCUGAAGAAGCCCAAAAUGAUAACACAACAUUUACGGAGGAUCAGCUUCUCAUGGUGUUAUACGACAUGAUUGUUGCUGGCUUGGAAGAAACAAGCAACGCUCUUCGAUUUGCAUUUCUUAUGAUGUUACGGCAUCCCGAUGUCCAGGGACGAGUGCGCAAUGAGAUAAAAGAAGCAGUUGGUACUGACAGAUUUCCAACACUCGAGGACAAAGACAGGUUGGUUUACACCAUGGCUGCCCUAAUGGAGUCAAAGAGAAUGUGUUACGUGUUACCAAUACGUGGAUUUCGGCGGUUACUCGAAGACACCACGCUACACGGCUAUAGACUCCCAGUGACAACACACACUUCCCUGCCGGAGGGAAGACUCGAUCCUCUGAUGGUGGGGAGGCAUGCAGACGGUGGCAAGACGCCUCAGACCACAUGGCUGCACCAUGCAACUGGACGGGAAAAGGACUCAGUCUGUGUUGGCCUGCUGAAUAGGAUGGACAAUACAACUGUGCUGGUAAACAACUGGUCACUGCAUAUGGAUAAAGAACACUGGGGUGAUCCUGAAGUUUAUCGACCAGAACGUUUCAUUACUGAAACUGGACUACUUAGAGAGGAUGACACAUUCUUGCCUUUUGGUCUUGGUCGACGUCGGUGUUUGGGGGAGCAGUUUGCAAAACGUUUUUUAUUCCAAAUUUUUGCUGGAAUCUUGCAAAAAUUUCAACUUGUUCCUGCUGAUGGUACUGACCUGAAGUCUACUGCUUUUGGGGGCUUUAAUCUUGCACCAAAAACUUAUGACAUCAUUUUCAAAUCUCGAUAACACUGCAAAAACAAUACAAAUGUACUUGUUGUCAUUAUUGUUGUAACAACUGAAACAUAAU